UUCAAAAGGUACAUUCUCAUUCGCUUGGGAAGUAUCAUUUAAUAUAUUAAAACAUGGCGAUUGUACGAUAUCUCUGGUCCUUGAAUAUUUUCCUAUCAACGCUAAUAUUAUGCGGCAAUGGUGCUAAAUCCUAUCACGCCGUGGUAGUAAUCCAUGGGGUACUUACAGGUAGUGAUAGCAUGGAGCUUAUCAGUAACAGAAUAGAAGAGAUGCAUCCUGGAAGUCAGGUUUAUAAUACCGUUAGGUAUGCUGGUUGGGAAAGCUUACAACCUAUGUGGCGUCAAGUAGAGGAAAUAGGAAUGGAUGUUAUAUCUAUAGGUGCAGCUUUUCCCGAAGGAAUAAAUUUGAUAGGCUAUAGUCAGGGAGGUUUACUUGCCAGAGCCAUUUUACAAAGAUUCCCUGAACAUAAUGUAAGGAAUUUUAUUUCCUUAAGUUCGCCUCAAGCAGGACAGUACGGAACCCGUUUCCUGCAUUUGUUCUUUCCAAAUUUGGUAUGCGAAACGGCCUAUGAAUUGUUCUAUUCCAAAGUUGGACAACUCACAAGCGUUGGAAAUUAUUGGAAUGAUCCGCACCAUCAGGAGUUAUACUUUAAGUACAGUAAAUUUUUACCAUACGUGAAUAAUGAGAAAGCCAAUAAAACAGUCUUCAAAUCGGGCCUUGCAAAAUUAAACCGUAUGAUACUGAUCGGUGGUCCUGACGAUGGUGUCAUUAGUCCGUGGCAAAGCAGUCAAUUUGGAUACUACGAUAAGAAUGAAACGGUUUUAGAAUUGCGCGAUAGAUCUAUUUAUCAGGACGAUCUCAUUGGUCUGAAAAUUCUAGAUGAACAGGGAAAAUUGGAUAUUAUUACUGUGCCAGGAGUACCUCAUUACGGAUGGCACAAAAAUAUAUCAAUAGUAGAUGAAUUUCUGUUGCCAUAUUUAGAUUAAAGAAAAUGAUCUCGAAUGAAGUUGAAUUAAUAAACGAUGAUUUAUAUAAUCAAUUAUAUUGUUAUAGCUAGUAAAUAAUAAGCUAUCAAAUCAUUCAUAUGAUAUAUAUUUUCCAAAGAACUAAUUAAACUUUUUUAAGUUUAUAUUUAUCAAUAUCGAAGUAAAGCGAUCCUGUAUAGGAAACUGAUCUAAGAUAAUUUACAAUUAUCUUUAAGUAAAUGGUGCAAUGCAUUUCACCGCGACUGAUGUUCAUGCGUAAUAUAUACGUACGUGCGUGCACACAUGCACGCACGCACACACACACACACACACACACACACACACACACACACACACACAUCGUGCACAUUUAUACAAUGUUUUAUUACAAUACAAAUAAAAGCUCCUACUUUUUAUAUAUUUCUGCCAUAUUAUAAAAGGUAAUGAUCAAAAUAGAAGAUAUAAGUUUAUGAUAUCUCAAACAAUUUGUUGUUAAAGCUUUCUUUUUUAUAUAUAUAUACGGAACUUUGAUAAAUAUGUUUAUGUACAAAGCUAUGAAAUAAUAAAAGUUUAUGAUUAUUGGUAA